GCCCGGGCAGAGCUCAGCUGGCAGACAUUUAAACGAGAGACAGGCCGGCGCUGCGGCAAUUUGUAGCCUGGAUCUGAAGGGUUUCAUCCUCCCGCAUGGACAGCACAGCAAGGAGACAAGUCCUGUGAGGCAGGAGCCGCACACUAUCCGCACAGGAUGCACCGUUUGGUUUACUCACUGGGACCCAUGUUCCUUCUCUUCGGCCUCUUGGUGCCAAACAUUGAAGGGAAUAAAAAGGUUCGUGGAUCUCAAGGGGCCAUUCCUCCUCCUGACAAAGGGCAGCCCAAUGACUCUGAGCAUCGGGAGAGAGGUAAAGGAAAGGGACAUGCUCUAGUAGCCGAGGAGGUGCUGGAGUCCAGCCAGGAAGCGCUACAUAUUACUGAAAGAAAGUAUCUAAAGAGAGACUGGUGUAAGACACAGCCACUCAAGCAAACAAUCCACGAGGAAGGAUGCAACGCACGCACCAUCCUCAACAGGUUCUGUUAUGGGCAGUGCAAUUCUUUCUACAUUCCCAGACAUAUCCGCCGGGAGGAAGGAUCCUUCCAGUCUUGCUCAUUCUGUAAGCCUAAAAAAUUUACUACCAUGAUGGUUACACUCAACUGUCCUGAGCUACAGCCACCAAAAAAGAAGAAAAGAAUAACACGUGUCAAGCAGUGUCGCUGCAUCUCUAUAGAUUUGGACUAGCAUCCGAUUGGCAAUUGGUUAUCCUCUGCAUUGGACAAACUGAUUCCAUGAUACAUCCAUACAGCUGGACUGCACCCAUGCAGAUGGUUGUUUCAUGUCUAUCAAGCUACAAUUAUUGUUUUGGAUGUUAAAGAGCUACUUUCAGCCUUCCUAGGUUAACCCAACAAAUAUUCUGCUCACAAAAGAUAGACUGGCCGCCCCCGGUAAAGUACAAAGUGCACUCUUACUUGGAGUACAAAAAUUUAAAAAACACCCUGCGUGCAGGUUUCCAUGUAUACAAUGUGUAUAUAUCUUAUUUAUUCACACUUACAUGUUUGUGAUGCACAUGAGGGUCAGUGGGAUGGAAGAGACUGUAACAACUUUAUAACCUAAUUGAUCUAAGCAAGAGAUCAUGAAUGGAUCCUACGCAUCAUCACAACGGAAGAGCACAUUUAGCAAAUAAUGACUUCUGACCAUUUUCACCACUUAUUGAGGCAAAACUGCUUCAAGUGAAAUAAACAUUUUCUUUAACUGGUUUAAGCUUUUAAAAAAAUGUUUGAGUGUUUUUUUUCUUACUAAGCCUUGAAAUAGGAAAACUGCAAAUAACCCCAAUGUAUAAAGCCUAAAAUGCCAAUUCCGUAAAUGGUCUACGUAAAUUGUCUGGCUAAUGUUUGGAAAAUAAAUUUUCCUUAUCUAAAUAGAUCUGAAUUACAGGAGUGGGGGCCUUAGGGGGAGUUCACACAUAACAUAUUUGGUACAGAAGAAAAUGGUAUGAGACAGCAGCGUAGCCACAGUAAGACUUGUUUUCGUACUUUGGCUGUGCCGCUGUUGCAUCCCAUUUUGUUCGGCUUCUAAAGUUGUUUAUCUGGAGCUACUAGCAAUUCGAAAAGAGCAUCUGGCUGCACCAUGGUCCUUCCUUCUGACUGUCUGCACAGUAGGCCCUCAGCGCAACAUCAUCAGGUGAAAAGCUUUGAAAUAAGUUUUACAACUUACCCACCGGUCCUCCCUAUGAUGUGCUCAUAUUUGAUACAGAAUUUAAAUUAUGGAUUUCACACUGAAAUUCUACAACAAAGCGUGAUGUCUUAAUGGAAUGAACUCCAUUCACUCAUAGCAUUUUUAAAAAAAUCCACUUCAAAGUGUUUCCUAGAUGUUGCAUGAAUGUUUUAGAGUUCCACCAGGGAUUCUAUUAAUUGCCAUGCAAUGAGUGAGAUCCAUGGGUCAAUCCACACCAAAAUCAGCAGUUAUAACACGUUUCAGAUUUACUUCUGAAGAAAUAGUUUGUGUGUACUCUUAUGUGCUACACUUAAAUUAUUGCGGACACAUCCUUCCAGUCCUUAUUUGUAGUCAGAGUGCUGUACUAGAAAAAAAAAACAUACCACUAAAAAUUGCCCUCUCUAGAGUAACUCUACACCUCUAGAGUAACUCUACACUUCAAGAGCACAAAAGUGAGGGGCAUUAAAAUGGAAUGCCAAAGUAAGUGGGGGGGGGGGGGGGGGGGGGGACUUGAUUGGCAUCGCAGACCAACUGAAUACUUUUAUGGACCUCAUCCAUGGCAUUUGUGGACAAUUAAAUCUUGUGUAAAGAUCAUAUGGGCUCAGUACUGAUGCCAGUGGCUUUGGAAGGAGAUGUCCAACAAGCGUACCUCAAAAGGUUGCUCUGAAAUCCAGUGCUCUGCCCCAGACACCAUAGACUCAUCUGUCUGUUAAUAAGAUAUCACAAUGGGUCCAUACGGUACCUCUGAUACAACACAGAAGGCACAUAGGUUUUUCAUUCAUGGAUUCAGUCAGGAACAUCAAAAUGAAUGCAGCAGAAUAUAUUCUCACCUAAAAAUAUUGCUGACCUUAUUUUUGACAGUAAGCCGCUUGAAAAAUGUCAGCCCUAAAGUUGUACAUACCCUAUAGAAACGUCAAUGUUUUGGAAGGUUGGCACUAUACCUUAUGUUCUGCAUUAUAUACAGUGUACCCUACAACACAUUAUAAAUCUUUAUUUAGGCCCAUAGGGUAUAUCCCAUAGAGUAUGUGAAGGAGCAGAUAUGCUUACCGUAUAUAUCCCUAUGUACAGGUCAGAUUUAGGCAAGCUUCUGAACAAGAUGUAGUAAUUUUAAUGGCCUCUCUCAAGCCCAACCAGAUGUUGGGUUCUCUUUGAUCUGAACAACACGUCAGGCUUCAGACAAUAAGAUUAGUUUACAAUUUAUUGUGCCUUUGAUUCUCGCACACUGAUGAGUUUUAAAUUUGUUACCCAGCGCGCCGGCCGCACGAGGAGGGACCACAGAGGGGAGGAAAGAAAGCCUAGAGGCAGUGGGCAAGUGUCUGAUUUCAAAGUUGAUUUAAUUCGGCCGCCUUUCAAGUAAAGUUUGAUUUACGCCUUUGGCCGCGCAAUAUAAUAAAAGAUAUGUUCUGAGUGGACAAUUCAAUUUGACUAUGUAUUACUAUAUUCUAAAAGUCUAUCAUAGUUAUUGAAUACCAACCUGCGCCAUAUUCUGUAAGUAAAUCCCCAAGUCAUAGGUUUCAGAAAGCAAUCUACAUCUGAAUCUCAACCAGAAACUACAGAAAACUUAGCUAAAGAGCAAGCCUACAACGGACUGCAGAAAAAUCUAUCACUUUGCCUGGUGUCUCUUAUUCCUGUGUGACAUAUUAAGCUUUCCGCAUUACCACUGUUUGAAUCCAACAAUGGUGGGCAUCAUGGUUAAAAAUUCUAUGACCUGCUGCUUAAAGGGGUUGGCCAGAAUGUAUUUUUUUUAUACACCCUACCAGUGGUGAAGUAAUCUAUAUCAGUUUGCUCACACCCAUCCACUCUGGCUCUGUGACUCCCAGGCUGUCUUCACUGGACUUCCAAUCCUCGUCGACCUCUGCAGCCAAUGACUGUCCUCAGCGGUGACAUGUCAUGACCUCAUCUGUGUCAAAGUUGACAGAUGGGGACUAGAAUUCCAGUGCAAAUAGAUCUGCAGUGGAUUUGGGAGCAGGUAAGUGUACAUUUCUUCACUGGUACUCCUGUAUGGACAACCCCUUUAAGGUGUUUUGCAGUGUGGCUAUUAGUCAAACUUUUUUUAUUCAUUUUUUUUUAACACAAAAGAUAUGACCAAUAACCACAUCACAAAGCUGUGGCCAUACAUAGGAAAAUAUACAGCCAAUUACUGCACACUACUAUUAUCUGUGAAACCAGCUUAAAGGCUAUGUAUACCUUUAGGGGCAAUUUUAUUAUUGCAUUGUACUCAUUUUGAGCUAAAAAUAAUUUUUCAAUAGGUCUUUAUUAAAAAUAUGGAGUCCUUUUUUCUGUACAGAACAGAGAUGCUCAAGAAGCAGCCUCUGGAUUUUCUCUCUUUUCCGUCAGUUGGGGAGCAGACUGGCUCUUUAUCUCGGUUCUCUGACAUAAAUGCUCAUUAAAGCUUAAUCCUCAUCUUACUGAUAAGAAUGUGGCUUAAAUAAGUGUUUAUGACCUCAGUAGUUUAGAGUUAAGGUUUAUUAGAUGACCAGCACAAAG